UGGAUGAAUAAGAUUGGAUGCCUUUAGAGAGUAACCCAGACGUAAUAAAUGAGUUCAUAUAGAAAUUAGGAUUUGAUAUAUAAAAAUAUGCUUUUAAUGAUUUAUAUGAUUUAGAAGAAUAAUCUCUCAAACAAAAUAGUUCUAAAACAUUAGCUGCCCUAUUAACAUUUCCUGUUGACGAAAAAGUGAAUUAAUUUAAUGAAAACGAGAAGAAAGAAAUAAUUAAAAAAGGUUAAUUUAUAAAUCCUAAGUUAUAUUUUAUGAAAUAAUAUGCUGAAAAUGCUUGCGGGACUAUAGCCAUAUUUAACACUGUAAUGAAUUUAAUUCAAGAUGAUCAUUCUUUUAUUUAAAAAGAUUCCCUUUUUGAUAAGUUCUAUAAAGAAACAAUUGGUUUAAAUCCAGAUGAACGUGGACAUCAUUUUAAAUAAUUAAAAGAAUUGAAAUAAUAGCAUGUUGAGGCUGUUUAAAAUGGUGAAACUUAAUACGAUUAUAAUGAUGAUGUUUUUCAUCAUUUUGUUUGUUUGGUCUCUAAAAAUGGGAUUCUCUAUGAACUUGAUGGAAUGAAAGAAUUUCCUAUAAAUCACGGAAAUACAUCAAAAGAUUCAUUUUUAGUUGAUGUUGCAAGGGUUUUUAAUGAAUUUGUUCAAAGAAGUGAUGAAUAAAUGAGUUAUAAUGUAUUAGUAUUAUAAAAAAAUGAUUGAAUAUUAUUAUUAUUUUGGACAGUCUCAAUUUUAAAUAUAU